AUGCCUCGAUCCAUUCCACUGGCCCUACCUCCGGUCCUCCCCUCUGAACUACUCGAAUACGUUUUAUCUCAUCAAGCGUACCCAACCACCAUAAUAAUCUGCCAGCCCAGGGCCUCUUUCCUGACCUCCCUUCUCAAUUCCGUCGAUACUACCCCACACGAUAACCUUGGAGACACUCAGUCGCCCCUCCCACGACACAAUCUCCUAGUACCUACCCUCCACCAAAUAGCAACCUCCAAGCACAUAAACCUAGUCUUCGUUCCCACAGUCUCCCAUCUCCGAGCUGUUCUCCCAGCUUUCCCUCCUACUCCCGCGGAUGAAAAACCACCCCUGCAAAAGUUCGACAAGCCAGGAAGGCAGGUGCCAUUACUGGUAGUGUAUGGACUGGUAGAGUUACAUCGGGAUACGAGUGAGUGGAGUGCGCAGGGUCUCAGCAACAGCGUGUCGAAUUUGGUGGAGGCGGGAUGGCGGAGUGAAAGAAGAGUUGUGGCGAUUGAGGAUAGAGGGCUGGAUGAGGAGUAUUAUGAGACUGUUUUGGAGGAAGGAGAAGAGGAAGGAGUGGAAGAGGGCACAGAGGAUGACAGGAAAUGGAAGCAGCUUUGUAAAGUUUGGGAACAGCGAGUACCGAUUUUGAAUGGAAGUGUGAAACGAGCUGGACUGGAUAGUGAGGAUGGAGCUUGGAGUGGGAGAACAGUAGAGGUUGGUAGGGUGCUUGGUAGAUGGUUUAGAUUUGGUCGUGGAGAUCGGGUUACAUGA